AUGGCUGCACCGAAAGCCAUCAUCUUCGAUUUGCUCACGGCUCUCUUGGAUAGCUGGACGGUCUGGGACCUCUCGAUUCCUGAUAACGAGAAACAUAUCGCUGCCGGAACCACCUGGCGCAAGCUGCUCCGUUCUGCACGAGACGUUGGACUCAGUGACAGGAGCGCCGGAAAUUUGUGCCGCAAUUGGGAUCAAAUCCAGCCCUGGUCAGAAGCCCCCAAGGUCCUGGUGCAGCUGAAGAAGCAAGGCUUCAUGCUGGCUGUUGUGACUAAUUGCAGCAACGAACUAGGCAUCAGGGCUGUGCGAAACUGUGAGGCAGCUGUCAAGAGUGAGACUGGAUGGUUCUUCGAAUUUGACAAGGUGGUGACUGCCGAAGAGGCUGGCUUCUACAAGCCCAACCCGAAGCCCUAUAGUAUGGUGCUUGAGAAGCUAGGGGUCAACGCGCAGGAGGCGACUUUUGUGGCAGGCAGCUCGGCUGAUAUCCCUGGGGCUACUGGGAUGGGCAUGAAGGUAGUCUGGAACAAUCACAUUGGCCUGAAGAGAAAGAAUGAUGUGCUACCAUGGCGCGAGGGCAAGCAAUUAGACGAAGCUAUGGGAGAUAUCCUGGAGCGUUCACCCGCCUGA